UUUACAAGGAUGAAUUUAUUUCUCGAAGAGAUGGAGAACACUUGAGCUUGAGGUAAGCUGAAUUCAAUAGAUUUUCGCACCUCCGCGCGCAUUAUGUGUUAUUCAUGUGUUUGCCCUUUUCGAAACUUCCAUAUUCCGCGUAGCUUUACCCAUCUCUCAUUCGAUUUUUUUUCUCUCUAGACUGCUUCAUCAAGCGAAAUGGAAGUUCGCCGUGGACCUUAAGUUAAAAUGAGCGAAUGGAAAUUUGUGACACGAUUGCAUUUUGUACCUUUGAGUUCUGAGACGGAGAAUACCGAGACGGAAGCCGCUUAGGUAUCAUAAAUAGCUGUCACUGGUGUUUGAGUUUCUCUUGGUACGGAAGAUCUAGCGAGCAUGACUGUAGCUUGCCUUUAUUUUUUUCAAGGACGAAAGAGAUUGUAAGAAGGAUUUUUAUAGUGUAAUAUCAAAACCUUGAAAACAGAUAAACUGUAGGAGAGCUUUUUCUGAAACCCAAUUAUCCGAACAUGCAGGAUUUUUUUCUAUCUGGGCAACAUCAUCUUUUUUUCCAAAAGCAGAACAUUUAGAUAACAUUUAGAUUUGAUUUUGUGUACGUGUUGUUGUUCUGUAUGGUGGCCGAAUAUGAACGCGGGACAUUGGCGCGUUCGCCAGAUUCGCCACGUGAGAGUGAAUUGCUGCUGUUUACGAUCAUGGUUUUGACAUUUCUUUUGUGAGAGCCGACGUAAAUGUUGUUCCCAACGUCGCUGAUUGAUGUAACACUGUGCUCAUCUUCGUGUAAUUUCAUAUCAGUUUAACUUCCUCGGGUUUGGCGCAUAGAAAUCUUUUAAAUUUUAGAUAUGUUAUAUUUUUCAACAUAACAAAGCAAUAGACGAAAUAAAAAGUUGUUCGAAUGAGUCUUAAGCUAUCUUAAUUCAACUUUAAAAUUCAAAUUUCGCGCUUUUCGCUGUAUUGACCAAUCAGAGCAUUCAGAUUUAAUUUGAUUAGAGAAAUUAGCGCCUGAAAAAUAACUGACGCUAUUGCCGCGGGCUAUUGUUUUUCUGCCUGCUUCUUAGCUGGACCAUUUAAUUGUUCGCGACGCGAGAGUAUUUCCGGGCAAUUGGUUUGAAUUUAUUUAUCCCCAUAAUUAAAGUUUAUUCUUUGCUACUCCUCAGAUAUAUGUUGCAGCCGAUAAGAAUAAGAUUUACAGCCCUGUCUUGCUUUGAAACAAACAUUUACCAACGUGUAUUUUUACGACGUCGUACGCACGCUAACAAAACAGUCACCGAUCGGCAAACAAAAUUUGUAAACAAACAUCUUAUUACUGUUCUCUCAGUUCGCCUUAUAUAAACCCAGAAAUACCGACAAAUAGCGCCUGACCGGUGACAAAAACACACAACGUAUGAGUAUAAAGAUUAUCCUUAAUUGAGCAUAAAUUUCAAUUGCUUAUCAGCAAAUGAACAAAUUCAUUCGCGUUGCAUCGGGUCAAUGUUCCGCAAAACAAAUGUUAUCGAGUAGCACACAUAAAGAAACUAGAUUAUAAACAGAAUAUUCAGGCAAUAAUUUAUUUUAAAAACAUCAAUUCUUAAACAUAUACGAUCGUAAAGCAAAGAUACAAGGAACAUUUCAUGUGUACCAGAUCGGUAAAGAUCGCGCGGCCUGUUGCGGUAUAACUACAGGUCGGAGUCAAAAAUCAAAUCAAAGUUGAACGAACUCAUGCCUUUAACCACUUUCCAAGUCUCGUGUAUUCUUUUCGUAUGCCACACACUACUCCUAGAACCAUACCAGUUCGAUAGGCUAAGCUUCUCUAUCUCCAGAGACUCUUGAGAACGUCCUGUUGCCGGAGGGCCACGAUGCUUUUCUGAACCUCCAUGAUCGAAACAUUAUUUUUUGCGUCUUCUUAAAACGCAACCAGUCAAACGACACAACCACACGUUAAUCACCACUACCGAAGUAUAACUAGACCAGCCAAAGCGACGGAUGUCCGAAUAAAACGAAGGAUUUUCAAUGAUUGUACCGCUAAUGGCGAUUUCGAAUUUAGUGUUGACCCAACAAAUUUAUUCUGAAGAGACAAACGGCGCGCAUGCGCAUUAUCGUGAACCAGUCCCUUUAAACCCACUAUCCUGAACAAUUGAAACAGGUUUGUGUCCCGGGGGGUAAUCAACAAAGCUUCAUACGGAGAGGCUCCGCCCAGAGGUCUAACCCCGUACUCUUUUAUAUUCCAUAUUUAACAGAAAAAGUUCCCCUUUCGUAUACCUUCUAUUGAUAAAUGGUACCCUUUUCACAUACCUUGUUUCGAACUUUGCAUCCCUUUUAACUGCUGUAAAUGCACUGUCUUUAAAACGUGAAUAAGUCACAAAACCAGAACGUUCUGUUAGCCACCACAUGUCCAUCAACACCUUGUAACAGAAAGCGGCUGAAUUUUUGUUUUGUUCUUGAAAGAUAGGGUUUAUUCAAAGAGUCAUUGGGGAGGGCAGGUGUGCAUCAUACCACCAUAUGAUAUUAGGAGUGGGCAUAGUGUGGGCCUUUGUAAUGAUUGCGGUUUAUCGUACAGGUCUUAGAUAGUGAUACCUGUAGAAUGAAAUCCUGCAAUGCUUUUCUCACCAUCAGAGAAGAGACGACCAGGAGAAAGCAGCAGAAGAGCUAGAUCACCAGGGAUGACUGAAGGUACGCUUUAAGGCUUUCUGUUUGUUGUAAUCCAUACAUAUUAAAAGACUUAAAAGGAAAUUGACUCUGUUUUCUUCUGCAUACAUGUAUCACAGGCUUAAUGUUCAAAGGAGUCUUUCAUAAACGGAUAAUAGGGACUUUAAGAUCCAACGACGCGAAAGGUAACGAGAACGUCAAAAAAACAAUAAACAAUUAUUGGAUGAGGUUGAGCAUGAUAUCAUGAAUUAUCAAAACCGAGGUCUGUGUUCAGCUAGGAAUUCAACUCCGGAGGGUUCGCCUACAUUUGACAAAGUGACGACGUUCUCAUUGCCUUCGUGUCGUUGGAUCUUAAAGUCCCUAAUAAUAGACAGGAUAAAAUAGAAACCUGAUUAGAAGAUUCUUUAGCAACGUCGUCCCUAGGGUCUUCUCGGUUUUAUAGUACGCACUAUGUCACCGUCUGUUUUAGUCUUCGCGUAGAAUGACCCGUGACAUCCGGGAAUUUUAACAGGCAAGAGCCGCAUUCGAGCCACGAUGUGGUCUUAAAAAUUUGGCAGCUACUUUAGGAGUUUUCGACUCUGAUUGUUAGUUAAUAGUAGUCAAUUCUCAAUGGGUACCACCGGAAUAUAAAUAACAAGAAACGUCAAAUUUAAUGUCUUACCUUCGAUUAAUGCCAGCUUAUCGGAUUUCACUGGGAUUUUCCCGCCGUUUUUGUAUGGAUUUUCUCGUGCGCGGACUUCUGACCUCAAUAGACUGGGAAUUCAGUGCGAUGCAUAAUAACAAAGUUGAGACAUUUAAAGUAUAUAUCGUUAAUGAAAAAUGAAUUACGUUUUUCCUUAGAAAGUCAUAUUGAAAAGAGGGGGUAGGGACAGCUUGUGCCGAAGAAUAGCUAGCCUCCCACGCAGACGUUUUUAGGGGAGCUCGUUUUUCAUCCCUCCACACAAACGCCUGCUCAACCGGAAACAACAUUCCUUUCCCAUUGUUUUAUUUGCGUGGUAAGAGACCAAUAAACAGUUGUGCAAUAAAGUGUUGACAGGCUAAACGCGACUAAAACGUAACCCUACAGUUAGCGUUUUCCUUCUUUUCUUUCCUUCGUUAAGGUUAUGAAGUGCAUGGAGUAUUCUAAAAUUUGAUUAAAUCUUAUUUUUGCCGCUCUGAAUCUAGCAUUUAUUGGAGGUUAGAAAGUUUUUCCAGUGUUUCAUGCAGAUAGCGUAAUUAUCAGAUUACCUUGCGGUCAAGGUCAACUUUCCAGAAUUUGGAAAGUACCAUGUGAUUGGCUAAGCUUGGGUAAGGAAUGUUGUCUUCGGUUGAGCAGGCGUUUGUGAGGAUUAGAGAAAAACGAGCUCCCUUAAAAACGCCUGCGUGGGAGGCUAAAGAAUAGCCCACGUUUGAUAUAUUAGAAUUCUAGCAUGACUACGGGGCAUUCUGGUCAUUUUUCUAUAAUUGGUUAGGUUUUCUUUUUGUUCAAGUCUCUUCUGGAAAUUGCGAGACAAUGGAGUCGUGAACAAUUUUCAAUUUUGACCCUAAAGCCUCGAAUUCCUGUUAGAAUUUUAUAUAUCGAACGUGAGCUAUUGGCAUGUUAACGUUGGUAAGGGUCAGGAUUUAUCCUAACUUAGGAGGUCUUCGUUUAUGCAGCCUCCGGAUUCGUUUUCUGUAAAGCGAGUUGUACGUAAGUGACAGGGUCUUUCAUGAACGGUUGCUGCUCAUAGAGUAAACAGAAGUUAAGUUGUUCAAUUCUUAGUUUCCGAAGGAAAACGUUAACUUUUCUUGUUUUUAUUCUUUUUUAAGAAGUCAAAGAUGGCGCGGUUGCUGACGAUGAUUUUGUCGCUAAAGCCUCGGAGUCAUGUUAGAAUUUUGAUAUCGUAAGCUAUUGGCAUGUUCGCGCCGGUAAGGGUUAGGAUUUAUCCUGACUUGGGAGGCCUUCGUUUAUGCAGCCUCUGAUUCGUGUUCUGUAAAGCCAAGAGCCAUCUGUCCUAUUAUGGCUCUUGGUAAAGCUAGUCGUACGUAAGUCACAGGGUCUUUUAUGAACGGUUGCUGCUCGUAGAAGAAACAGAAAUUAACUUGUUCAAUUCUUAGUUUUCGAAGAAAAACGUUAACAUUUUUGUUUUCAUUCUUAUUUUUAGUCAAAGAUGGCGUGGUUGCUGACGAUGAUUUGGAAGGGUUAUCUUUGCAGCUUGGGAGUCCAUGGAAAUCUCUUGCGCGGCGCCUGAAAUUCAGCCCAGCAGAAAUAGACGGGUUUGACCACGCUGAGAAAGAACUCGCAGAGAAAUCUUUCCGCAUGUUGUGUAGGUGGAAAGAAAAAAGUGGUCUCUCAGGAGCAACUUACAAGGUCUUGUAUGAGGCCUUGUGUCAUAAAUAUGUUGAUCGCAAAGAUUUAGCAGGACGGUUUUGCAAUGCGUGAAUCUUCAGAUCAAAGCGAGAAGAAUCAAAAGCUCCUGUGAGCCAGCUCAUGGAUUAAUUGGACAAGUGUAGAAAGGACAGUUCAAUAAUCAAAGUAAUACAAUGGGAACUCGUGAUAAAAUAAAAGAAAAUAUUAUUUUAAGUUAAAAAUUACGGUUUAUCUUUGUAGCAGGAGACAUACGUGCUAAAAAGUCUUAUUUGAGUAUUAUAGUCAGCAAUGAAUGUUAAUACAAUCGAAACUCUCCUUGCGAAUCGCGAUCACUCUCGCAAGCGACCAGCACCAGUCACGACCACCUUUGUGAAACUCCGUUCAAACUGUGACUUAAACUUUGCAAUGAAAAGCUCUCGUAAGCGAGCGCGGCCACUUUUGUGAUUAUCCAACUGGCACUCACUUAAAUGAAACACUGCGCUAAUAGUUCGUUGAUAAAGAUCUUGUACAGUGCAGUAUGUCUUUGAAAACUGUGUCUACAUCAGAUAUGAAGACAGUCAUCAAUUUCUUUAAUUUGUUUUUUCUUUAUGAGUUAUUAAUGAAUUUGUGAAGUUCUCAUAAUCCACCACCCGCUAUUGUUUUAUCAUGCAGUCGCUUACGACAGCUUAUUCUCGUAAGCGACCAGCUCCAGUAACGACCACUUUUUCGAAUUUCAGAGGUGGUCGCUUACGAAAGCUUCGACUAUAUUGUACAAUAAUUAAUGCUGUAAAUAUUUUUUUUAUCAGUUUUUGAUUGUAUGAUAUUUUAUUAUCAUUAAUUUAAUUUUUUUUAUUUUGGUAUUGCUUGGUGGCACCACGCAGUCACCCCCAUUUUAGGACUAGUAAUUUUUGAAUAAAAGUUAUGAAUGUAAGUUAUUAGAAUAUUUUCCAGCAGGAGUUCUUUUGAUGCACAUGCCAAUCCUAUUUUUGUAAGCUUGCGAAUUUUAAAAUUUGAAGAUAUUAUCAAACUCCAAAUAGGUAAAGUUAUGUACCUUUAUAAAAACGGCCUUCUUCCUAACAAUUUCAAUGACAUGUUUUUGCAUUCAUAUAACACAUGAAGUAAGAAUUCCUUCCGUUUGUCCUACUGCAGCCAAAUGUAAGGAAAUUUUCACAUCGUUUUCAAGGGCCCAAAAUAUUUAAUUCCCUUAGCUCUGAAAUUCAGAAUGCCUUCAGUACUGCUUUGUUCAAUUCUAAACUUAAGUCAUUUUUUCUUGGUAUAAGCACACUUUAGCUCUCCUAAUGCUUGAGUGUAGUUUUUCGCUUCUUUCGCUUUUUUUUUCUCGUUUAUUCUUGCGUUAUUGUUUCUCACCUUUUCUUUCUCGUUUUUGCACUAACACGUUCAGCCCUUUCUAUUUUUAUCCUUUUAAUGACUAUUUUCUUUGUUCCAAACAAAUUGUGCGUGCUUAGAGUAAGAUUGCCGAUGUCAGUAUUGUAAUUAUUAAUUAGAUAACAAUUUUAAAGGUGGUCUCCCUUGCCUCAUCUUUUUUUUAAAUUUAAUAUGUAUAUUUUGUGUGUAUGGC